AUGGCGAUCACCACACUCCAUUUUCUCCAUCCGGGUCUUUCUCAAUUCUUCAAAUUUCAUCAUGAAAUUCAACAAAAAGCUCGGCCGAAAUGCUUAUUCGGCUCCAAAAAGACCGAUCCAUGCUAUCCGGAUCGGAUCCAUCAUCGUUUAGCCCGAGUACGGCGACCUCCUCUUCCGAUGACACGAAGGCCAGGAGAGGUGAGAAGAAAAGGAAGGCGGGAGACUCAUUGCCUUGAUCAGCGAUCAGAGACAGAAAGUGGUGGGACCAUGCUAGAGUUAAAUGGAGCUGCUGCGUUACAUGUGCGUGCAUCAAUCGGUGGACCCCACCCUUACGAUGCAGCGCAAUUACUGCCUUAA